AUGGCUCACACUUCUUCUGUAGGUACUUCCAGGCUGACCUUUUCGGUAGGAAUCGGCGAUCUACUCGACCAUCCUGCCUUCGAUGAUCAUGGAGACCUCUUAUUAUCCGCGGACGGCCAGCAAGAAUAUACUCACAGCAUGCGUCGGAUAAUCAAUUUGGCUCUUUUCGACCAAGAUACACCUUGUCACAACGCCGAUUCAAUCAGCUUCUUUGCUGCGGCAAUGUUCAUUUCCAAAUGGAAUUGGGAAUCAGGUGAAGCGAAAAGUUACGAAAUAUGGCGUGACGAAGAAGACGAAGACGAAGACGGCGAGGUGUAA